UAUGAUGGCCGUCGUAGGUAAAAAAAGUUCUUGUCCCGUUUUUCUGACCUAAAACCUUCAUCGAAUCUCAUGGCAUCUUUAGAUAAAUUGCAGAAUGAAAUUCUUCUGAAAGAAGAGGCGUUUUUGAAAGAAGAAAGGGCUAAGCUAACGGAUCAGCUGAAUAAGCUGAAGGUGGAAGAAAUGGCACUUAUGAAAUUAUUAAAACAAGAUGGCGCGAAUUCCCAACAGACAACCAUAGAGCUGUUUUGCAAGACUUCUCAAGCGCCUUUAUCAUCCAGCCUUAAGAUUGAUAAAGUCAAUCAUAUCCCAUUACAAGGACUAAAUGCCACUGAGAUGAACCAUGACAGUUAUCAAGGGGAAGAAGAAGAAGAAGAAGAAGAUGAAGACGAAGAUGAUAUGGAUGAUGAUGAACCAGCUUACAGUCAGCAGUUAAUGAAUGCUAUGUCAAAUAUGCAUCAACAAAGCACUAAUGUUGAUCUGAACAUUUCCAGAUCUGUGUUACAGAAUGUACUGCAACAAGAGAUUGAAGGUUUUGAUGAUGAAGAAGAGGAGGGAAAUUUUUAUUGAUGGUUCCUGGGAAUAUAUUUUUCUUGUACUUUAACCCUGGUGAAGCCUUGCUACAUUGAACAAAAUAUUCACUCAACACAAUAAUGACUAGAAACUGUACCUCCAUGUAUUGUCUUGCAUGGUGAAGUAAUAGUUGGCAGAAAUGAUCCAAGCCAAGACAAAACCAAAAAAAAAAAAAAAAUUACUGUACAUACCUGAUAUAAACAGAAGUUUGAAAAUUGUAAAUUGCAGGAUGUUCAAAUUAAACUUUUAAAUUAAUACUUUUAUCUAUAUUGUGGAUUUACUUCUUAGGUAGUAGUAGUACGAGUGAUGUUUGUCCUUCAAAUUGCUUUACUAGCAUCCUGCACAUCAGUGUAGCAGUCAAGUCUCAUUAUUAACUGUCUCAUUCCUAAGAUCUCAUAAUUUAGUAAUUCUCCUAACUGUCUGCCAGAUGAUUCUUACUAUGUUAGUUUGGAGAAUUUGGUAUUAGAUCAAUUGGUAAUCCCAUAAUUGAUGUUCUCAUCACUUAUCUGUAUGAUAUUGUAUAGAUAUAGUAAAGAGAAAUUUUUUCUUGGACACCCCCAGAAGUUAAAUGGUUAACUGUUAACACCCUAACAGCAGUGUGCACAUUCUCCAUGUAUUUCCUAAGGUGUUGACAGGGAGAAUUGUUGAUCAUUUCCUUUACUCUCAUUACCUUAAUGUGUGUGAUUGGGAGUGAUAUUGUAAGGAGAAGUUAGAUGCUUGUCACUCUUAGGAUUCAUAGGGUUAUACUAAUUUCAUUAUUCCCAGUGGUUCAUCAACAUUGAGUGUUGGUACUUUUAAAAGGUACACAUAUAUUUUAAAGAGUCUGGACCAUCCAAAAUAUCACAACCCACAUGGAAUAAUAAAACAAACAUUCAAUUCAGUGUAAGUUUCCCCUGCAAUUAUGGUAUAUUGGCUUAUAAAUGUCAUUCUUAAUGUAUGCUUUUUCAAUGCUUUAUGUGGUCAUUAUUGAUCUGGUUAAGUUUUCCCCAAACUAUGGCAUUCUCUGUGACUGGACCCUAGUAAAACAUAGGCAUGCUAUGCACACAACAGUUAAUUUUUGGGAUGGUUGGGAUGAGAUGGGGCACUGAGUAACUGAUGCUUUUAAUUUUUCAAAAAAAAAAAAAAAAAAA